CACAAUCGUGAAGUGAAACUGCUGAUGCUCGAUCAUCUGUGUGUGUGUGUGAGCAGCUCUCUGACCCUCCACCAUGUAGUCACCUGAGCGCUGACAGCAGAGCUCCAUGCAUGGCAUCUCUCUAAACGACGGGCUUUCUUUCUUCCGGGCCGAUCGUGACAUAACUAUCCCGUCCUGCGCUCAUCAUGCUGCAGAUGGGGGAUGAGGUGGUGUAUUUUUCCGCGCUGUUUCUGCUGGUGGUGCUGGUGACGCGGAGCGCCACCGGGGCCUCUCUCCUCACCGCAUUUCUCUACGUCUUCAUGGUGAUGUUCCGGUUCCCUCCGGUGCCAGCGGAGCAGGCCGGCCGCGUCCUCCGGCCCAGGGCUCCAUCAGGCGGCGUCCCGGUGGUGGCGCACCGCGGAGGCAGCCACGACGCUCCGGAGAACACCAUAGCGGCGAUCAGAGAGGCCAGUAGGAACGGAGCAACUGGAGUGGAGCUGGACUUGAGUUUCACAGCUGAUGGCGUGCCCGUACUGAUGCACGAUGAGACUGUGGACCGCACCACCAACGGCUCUGGACCAGUUAGCAACCUGAAGCUGGUCCAGCUUAAGAGACUAGAUGCGGCUGGCCGUCACAGGCUGAAGGACAAGUUCAGUGGAGAGAAGGUCCCAACUCUGCAGGAGGCAGUGGAGGAAUGCAUCAAACACCAGUUGACCAUCUUCUUUGAUGUCAAAGAUCAACCUGAUAAGGCUGCGUCAGUACUGCAUGAGUUGUAUAAGAAGUUUCCUGUUUUGUACAACUCCAGCAUUGUUUCUUCCUUUGAACCCAAAGUCAUAUAUAAGAUGCGUCAGACUGACCCUAACGUGGUCACGGCUCUGAUCCACCGCCCCUGGAGGCUGAGCCGCUUUGGCGAUGGCACUUUUCGUUCCCUGUCGACAUCAGGUCACCUGUGGCUGGGGGUCCUGGACGUCCUGUUGGACUGGGCCCACCACCACAUACUGUGGAAACUCUGUGGAAUCUCUGCCAUCCUUGUGCAGAAAGACUUCAUCUCACUGGACUACGUUCAGUACUGGGCGGAGCGCGGUGUGGAGGUGGUGGGCUGGACGGUGAACACCGCCGUGGAGAAAGAUUUCUACCAAAACCUGCUGAAGAUCGGCUACAUCACCGACAGUCUGCUGGAGGACUGUGAUCCGCAUUACUGAAUAAAAACACAACAUUUUAUAGUUUCUACAUGAAACACACUAAAGACUACAUAAUUACCCCCAAUGACUACAUUUCCCAGUUUCUUGUCCUUUUCAAAGAACAUAAAAUAUAAAAGUGAAGUUAACCCAUAAGAACCCAUGGUGACACUUGUGUAACAAACACUUUAAAUCUUCAAGAAUCUCCCAUAUUCAGUUUUAUGCUUCACAUUAACUCAUUAAAUCCCUGAGUGACGCAUACUCAACACCCUGGUGUGGUGGUCAUGUGACUGUGACAGGAAGUGACUUCUCCAAAAUGUGGCUGUGACUGGAAACAGUGUGAAAUGUGAAAAAGUGGCUCAUUUCAAAAAAGCUUAUUCUUUGAUCCGAGGCUAAAUUUAAACCAAUUUAACAACUCUAAUCCAUUAAUGUCCUGUAUUACAUUUAACUUGUUCUGACCAUAUUUCCUGAACAAAUUAAAGUCACAAUUUUGAUAAAUGUAAUGGAGAUGCAAACAAAAAGGCAAAUGGUUAUUUGUUUUUAUUUAUUAUUGAUUUAUUCUUAUUUUAUUACUUAAAAACAAAUCUGAAAAAUAAUUAGUUGUUAAACAGCACUAUUAAUGUCACAAUUUUGAUAAAUGUUGUGGAGAUGCAAAGGCAAAAAAAAGGCAAAUUUGUGUCUCUGUAAGCAGAAAAUGUGUCUAGUUUUAUUUUAUUUUAAAAUAAGAAAUAUCAUAAACAUAAAUACCAUAAACGCCCAAUGUAACAUCUAUGUCACAUCACAGAUCUUUGACAUUUAGGGGUAGAAUUUUUUUUAAAAACAUAAAUGUGUUCUAUGUGGUAUAUCCCCCAUAAUGUUCCUUUAAGGGUUAAUAGGUCUGGGUUCUUAUGGGUUAAUUAUAAGGUGGAAGGAAGUGAGAAAUUUGGUGCUAACUCACUCUGUAGUGGCAAUCAAACAUUACAAGCUUUAUAAAAGAAAAUACAUAUAUGAUUUACUGUAGAGGUGAGAACACACCGUUACCUGUAGCUGGCAUACAGGUGGUUUCCCUUUAAAUCUACAGACACAUUAAACCAUGAAGACUCAGCUGGACACUUCCUUGUCUUUAUCCUUCUACCAGCAGCAAUACCUCCACCUCUCCUGGACCAGGGAUUAGGAUUAGGAUACCUUAAAGAUCUUUUAUACCUUCCGUGCUGAUCUUUAAAGAGACAACAGUGUAUAUAGUUGUAACAUUAGACAUAAUGGCAUCAUAUCAAUGCCUGCUAACAUGAUAUUUAUUUAUGAAUAUACUCGAGAGGAUCUCUUAAUAAUAUUAGUUAAUAUUCUCACUAGGGGUGCACCGAUUGCAAUUUUCUGGCCAAUCACCGAUAACCGAUUUUUUAAAAGCCUGACCUGCCGAUUCCGAUUUUGGCCCAUACAGAUUUUUUUUUAUAACUCACAGCAUACACCUUCAAUUUUUGAAUCUUAUUUUAUUGAAAAACAAUAACACAGCAGUAUUUUUCUUUGACAAAUAAAGGAAAUCACAAUGUCUGAGGUAUUUAAUAAAAUAUUGAACUUAAAAUAAAUAGCAACAAUUUACAAGACAAACUGACAAAAGAACUGCAACCAUAAAUAAAGUGUUAUUAAAGUGAGUUUUUGGUUUCGUUAUAGUACAACAUGCAUACAACACAGUCAUGCAGAAGUACGCAUACGUGCAGACGCACUUUCAGACCUUUGCGGAGGCAAAAUUAAAGGAAAUCGGCAAAAUUAAAGAAAUCGGCGCGGAUCAAUCGGUGCACCCCUAAUUCUCACAUGAUGAUACUUGAUUGUUCAGCAACUUGCCUUCUGUCAUUAAGUGCCACAGCUGCACAAAUACACAAGAAGUCAAUGGGGGAAGUAAACGCACCAUUGAAUUGCAGAGGCGAGUCCACUUAAACUCCAGAAUGUUUGUGUGAUAUAACUCCUUAAACGCCUUUAUUAUGAAUCAUCAGAGAUGGAAAAGAACUGGAAAAACACAUUCGGUCUUAAGUCCAAAUUCAGAAAUGUUUGAGUAGAUACAAUUAAAAUCUUUCAUUUAAUAAUUUAACUUUCGUUAAUGGAUUUGUUCUGUAAUUUUGAUCUCCUCACAGAAUGGUCUAGUGGAUUAUAAACUUUGAAUUCUGCACAGUGCUAGGAAUAAAGUUUAGAGGGAGAAAUAUUUAUUCUCUUGAUUUCA